GGGCGGGGCUUCUUCUUGUCAGAGGUGUCUCUCUCUCUCUCUCUCUCUCUCCGCCUCCUUUUUUAAUUUGGCUUCCCUUUCUCUCAGGUGUAUCCCAAUUAGACUCUUCUUCCCUCAGACCUCUUCACGUUUCACUCGACUUUUUCUCUCGCCUCCACUCCCCGCGCGGAGGAAGACACCUGGCGCGCGCCUCGCUUUCCUGUGUGUGUUUUGCGCGCUGCCGGGAGAAGGAAGCGAGGAAGAGAGAGAGCGAGCAAACUUGAGAAACUUGUUUGUCCACUCCUCGGGCUGGCUCUCCGCGAGCGAGCUCGUUUUAAAAGGGGAACGGUGUGGGGAGGGGGAAAGGAAGGAAGGAAGGAAGGAGAGGGAGCCGCUGGCCGAGAAAAGCAUGAAAGCCAGCUGAGCAAAACAUCCCCCGCCUGCUUGGGAUUCUGCCUGGACACCGAGAAGAGGGAACGGCUAGGAGGAUGAAUUCGGAAAGAGAUUCGGAAACUACCUUUGACGAGGACUCCCAACCAAACGACGAAGAGGUGCCAUAUAGCGAUGAUGAGACAGAGGAUGAAUUGGACGUUCCGCCUCCUGUCGAGCCAGAGCAAAACCGCAUCAACAGAGAGGUGGAAGUGACUCGAGAUACGCUUAGAAAAGAAUGCGGCUGGCAAGUUAAAGCAAAUGAUCGUGCCUUCUAUGAAGAGCCCCAAUUUAUGAAAACGACUUAUCUGUGCCUUAAGAAAAGUAAAUAUGCAGGGAAUGCAAUCAAAACCUACAAGUAUAAUCCCAUUACCUUCUUGCCACUGAAUUUAUUUGAGCAGUUUAAAAGGGUCGCCAACUUCUAUUUCUUGGUUCUACUUAUUUUACAGUGCAUUCCUCAGAUAACCACCCUCUCAUGGUAUACAACUCUGAUACCUUUACUCUUGGUUCUCGGCAUCACUGCGAUAAAAGACCUAGUGGAUGAUAUCGCUCGGCAUCGGAUGGACAAUGAAAUUAACAACCGCACGUGUGAUGUAAUCAAGGACGGCAGGUUCGAAAAUACAAAAUGGAAGGACAUUAAAGUUGGUGAUAUCAUCCGUCUUAGGAAAAAUGCCUUUAUUCCUGCUGAUAUCCUGCUGCUGUCCACUUCAGAACCUAAUAGCCUUUGCUAUGUAGAGACAGCUGAACUAGACGGUGAAACCAACUUGAAGUUCAAGAUGUCUCUGGAGGUGACUGACAGAUACCUUCACCAAGAGAGCGCCUUGGCAGCUUUUGAUGGUUUGAUAGAAUGCGAAGAGCCCAACAACCGACUCGAUAAAUUCACAGGGACUUUGAAGUGGAAAGGAAAAAGCUAUGCUUUGGAUGCUGAUAAAAUCUUGUUGCGUGGCUGCAAAAUCCGGAACACUGACGUUUGUCACGGGCUUGUCAUAUUUGCAGGAGCAGACACAAAAAUAAUGAAAAACAGUGGGAAAACACGGUUUAAAAGGACUAAAAUUGACUCCCUUAUGAAUUACAUGGUUUAUACGAUUUUCGUUUUGCUCAUCUUAGCGUCAGCUGGCCUGGCUAUUGGGCACACCUAUUGGGAACAGCAGAUUGGCAAUUCUUCUUGGUACCUCUAUGACGGGAAGGAUGAGACUCCUGCUACCCGAGGCUUCUUUAACUUUUGGGGUUACAUCAUUGUCCUUAACACUAUGGUUCCAAUUUCCCUCUAUGUGAGGUAA